AUGCGGUUCAUUCAGUCCAUCCUUCUCCCGCUCACGCUCCUUGCUACCACCGUUCUGGCGGACAGCUACGCUCGUGACGCGCUAGAUCUGGAAGCGAGGAGUGUGUGGGAUGACGAUGCGCUGUUUGCGCGGAGCGACGACGAGCUUUACGCUCGCGACUUCGAAGAGCAUAAAGACCAUCCUCUCGUCCGGGAACUGAUCAACGUCCUGGCUGCGCGCGCUGGAAACUGCUACAAUAACAACCAGAGGAUAACUGUGGCCAACGGCAGGUGCAAUCCCGCGAAUUCCGUGGGCAUGCUGGCGGGUCACCAGUGCGCGAACCGUGGUGGAAAGUACUACUUCUGUAUGGACAGGGCUGGUGGAGCAUGCAUGACGGCCAAGAAGUCUAUCGGUCUAGAGCACGGGGAGUCGGCUAUGUAUACUUCCCCAAUCGCUGCGUUCGUUCUUCCUCGUAGUGUUGCGAUUGAGCAGCAGGAUUUCGGUUGGGAGAUCUCGGUCGGUGCUAUGAAUAUACUGUGCAAUGUGGCGUUUGGGGAUUUGAAACCUGCGGGAUGUCAAAAUGCGCGAAGGGAUGAGAAAUCGGGGGCACGCGGGCAUCUGCGCACAGAAAUACAUGACAUGGUCAUCUGA